UAUGAGAGGAAAAUGUUUCUGGUGCAGGCCUGGGGAACAUGUCAGAGAGGUUAAAAGUUAAGGGACAUGUUGAUAUGAGUCUGUGUUCAUUUUUGUCCCUCCCACAGGCUGAAAAGGUCGACGGACAGCAGGUGACAUACUAAGGUCACAAGAAGAACUAGAAUUUCCAUACCGGAGUUGAACAAGUUGUUUCUUACUAUUAGAGAGAAACACAUGAUACUUGUAGAGGGAUGCUGAUGUGAGGCGAUCAUAAGUGAGUGAAAUGCAAGUACCUAUCCCGCGGGGCCACAACACAAACAUGGGUUCCAUUCUCAGAGCACAUUCACGGCUGUUAAGUAAAUACCCCGCCACAAUGCAGUGUCUUCAGGCAGGUGUGUUGAUGGGAGUUGGAGAUGCCAGUUCCCAGUUCCUUGUUGAAGGCAAGUCACUCGGAGAUUAUGAGUGGCGGAGGACUGCUCGCUUCUUAGCCAUCGGCACCUUCUUUAUUGGUCCUGUGCUGAAAAAAUGGUACGGUCUCCUUGAUUGCAAGUUUGGUUCUGGGAAAGGAAUAUCUGCUGUUAAGAAGGUGGCGUCAGACCAGCUGAUCUUUGCACCAACUUUCCUCGGAGCAUUCUUGUCAGUGCUGGGCGUCACACAGGGCCGCUCAGUUACUCAAAUACAACAGGAAAUAAAGACAAACUACAAAGACAUCAUGCUAACCAGUUGGAGUGUAUGGCCAGCAGUGCAGACCCUCAACUUUUCCUUCGUGCCUCUUCACCAUCAGGUCUUAGUGGUGCAAACUUUCGCUAUAUUCUGGAGUACUUAUCUGGCAUGGAAGACAAAUAGAGGCCACUAG